CCCGCCCGCCUCGCACGCUCUCGGAAGCGCAAGCUCGCGGCGCUGCUCUGGGGGGCUCCCCGGCACCCCAGAGCCUCUCGUCCCCAGCCCGCAGCACCUCCGGGCCCCCCCUACCCUCGAGAGGCACCGGGAGUUGUCGCAGGGGGGCCUCGGGAAAUUCCCUGGACCCCUGUGCCAGGAGGUGCCCGGUGCGCCCGCCCGCCCCCCCACCCCGAGGGCGGUGCCCGGGGGCGCUGCCCCAUGGAGCGGGGAGGCGGGCGCCGUCUGCUCCCGGAGCCGUGACCCGAGUCGGAGCUGUGUGUCGCAGCCGCCCCGACCCCCGCGGAACAUGCGCCGUCGCCCCUGGCUCACCGGUCCCGCCGGGCUGUGAGCCCCCCACUCCUGGCCCGUGACGGCCCGCGCGCCAUGGGCAGCACCCACCCUUGCCCCCGGCUGCGGCUCCGACCUCGGCCCCAGCCUCGGCCCGCGCUCUGCGCGCUCCUGUUCUUCCUACUGCUGCUGGCUGCCGCCGUGCCCAGGUCUGCACCCAACGACAUUCUGGGCCUCCGCCUACCCCCGGAGCCUGUGCUCAAUGCCAACACAGUGUGCCUAACGUUGCCGGGCCUGAGCAGGAGGCAGAUGGAAGUGUGUGUGCGCCACCCAGACGUGGCUGCCUCAGCCAUCCAGGGCAUCCAGAUCGCCAUCCAUGAGUGCCAGCACCAGUUCCGGGACCAGCGCUGGAACUGCUCCAGUCUGGAGACUCGCAACAAGAUCCCCUACGAGAGUCCCAUCUUCAGCAGAGGUUUUCGCGAGAGCGCCUUCGCCUAUGCCAUCGCGGCAGCUGGGGUUGUGCACGCCGUGUCCAAUGCCUGUGCCCUGGGCAAACUGAAGGCCUGCGGCUGCGAUGCCUCCCGGCGCGGGGACGAGGAGGCCUUCCGUCGGAAGUUGCACCGCCUGCAGCUGGACGCGCUGCAGCGUGGUAAGGGCUUGAGCCACGGGGUCCCAGAACACCCGGCCCUGCCCCCUGCCAGCCCCGGCCUGCAGGACUCCUGGGAGUGGGGCGGCUGUAGCCCCGACGUGGGCUUUGGGGAGCGCUUCUCUAAGGACUUUCUGGACUCCCGGGAGCCUCACAGAGACAUCCACGCACGCAUGAGACUCCACAACAACCGAGUUGGGAGACAGGCGGUGAUGGAGAACAUGCGGCGGAAGUGCAAGUGCCACGGCACGUCGGGCAGCUGCCAGCUCAAGACGUGCUGGCAGGUGACGCCGGAGUUCCGCGCGGUGGGGGCGCUGCUGCGCAGCCGCUUCCACCGCGCCACGCUCAUCCGGCCGCACAACCGCAACGGCGGCCAGCUGGAGCCCGGCCCCGCGGGGGCCCCCUCGCCGGCCCCCGGCGCCCCCGGCCCGCGGCGCCGCGCCAGCCCCGCCGACCUGGUCUACUUCGAGAAGUCGCCCGACUUCUGCGAGCGCGAGCCGCGCCUGGACUCGGCGGGCACCGUGGGCCGCCUGUGCAACAAGAGCAGCGCGGGCCCCGACGGCUGCGGCAGCAUGUGCUGCGGCCGCGGCCACAACAUCCUGCGCCAGACGCGCAGCGAGCGCUGCCACUGCCGCUUCCACUGGUGCUGCUUCGUGGUGUGCGAGGAGUGCCGCAUCACCGAGUGGGUCAGCGUGUGCAAGUGAGGCCUUGCCCUCUGGGCCCGGCAGCGUCGCCUAGGCUCCUGGGAGAGGAGUUUGGACUAGCUGAUCGCACAGGAGCCUCCCGGCUCUGAGGGUCAGAUCCGCAAUCAGGGGACUGUCCAGUCGUGCCUGGACCCAGCCCCUCACUUCUGUGGGCUCCAGGACAGAUUUGCCUCCCCGCUCCUUGCCCCAGGCGCAGACAGCUCAGUUGGGCUGGGGAUUGCCCCCUACCGGAGGGCGGGUAAGGACAUGAGUGUCAGCCAGGCAGCCUCUGGGCCUGUCUCCUUUCCUGCCUUCACCGCUUCCCGCGGAGAGAGAGAGUGCGUGGAAGCCUGGAAGCCGAUGGGCAGGGGGAGGAUGAUUAGAAAAGAAGAAACGGACAUAAUUGAGCUGAAGUGGCUCUGUAGAGGCCUCAGUUGCACGCCCCACCCAAGGGCCUGUGCCCCUCCUCAUUCAUUUAACAAAUAUUUAUUUUGCACUCCUUCUGGCCUGGCACCCUGCCGGGGACGAUGGGUGCUGGGGAUACAGAUGUGAAUAAGAGAGACACAGCACCUGCCCUCUUGGAGUUUACAUUCUGCUUGGGGGAGAUGGAUAAUAAACAAAUAAAUACACAAACAAGU